AUGAAGCAAUUUGCCAAUAAUGGAGUUUUAUUCAUGCUUGCACCAGCAUUUCUUAUUGCAUCUGAUUUCAUAGCUACGAAGUUUUCAGGAACGAAGGCAGCAACCCAAAUAACGUCUAAUAAAGGGGGUUCAAUCUUUAUGAAUCAUGUUUAUGGGACGAAAUUUUACAAUACCAACUUUAAGAGAUUUCCAGAUCCAAACAAUUCUUCCAAUAGUAAAUGGAAAUAG